AAAGCAACAGACACACCCUGACUUUAUAGAUAUUUAAGAUCAUGCUUUAAUUUGACUUAGGUUAUUAAUUGAACUAAUGACAUAGUGUACAAAUACAGGCAAAAUAACACAUACAUAUUUAAACAUAAGUAACACGAUCACCUUCUCAUUAAAAAUUUUACAUUAACGUUAGAGAUCGAUUUUUACUGGUACCUGCCUUGCACCGUCAUGUUACUGCGCAUGCGUCAACUCACCUGGCGGUUUCCUUGUUAUUCGUGAGCAGCCUACAGGUACACAGUUUGAAUUUAAACUUUUUCAUGACUGUAGCAAGCCGAUCUCUCACACAGCAGGAUAAAUACGCUGGCUGAUUUUUACAAUCAAUGAGCUGUGUUAAUAGUGGAAUCGACAACUGGAUUCGGGAACCUGAAAAAGGAGACGGGUAAAUGGCGGAUAAACGUAAAUAAAUGUAGCAUAAUAGUCUCUAGUUUGUUAGUAUCGAAAGACAUAUUUAAAACAGAUUCCCUAGGAAACCAUUGUCUAGAUUUUUCGAAAAUGCCUCGAGCUUUCCUGGUAAAAAAGAUGAGCACCGCGAACGGAAAAAGAAACUGGAGUCAGUUCCCGGAUUCCGCGCGUGGGGACAUCGACAUACCUGUGUCCCCUUUUCCACCAUAUGUGUAUGAGGUGUCUGAGGGCAGCCUUGCAGAGUACUCCUGCUUCACAACUCCACAAAAAAACAACAAAUGUAUAGAUGUUCAGUCACACAUCUUGUCUGCGCAGCUGCCAUCCUCUACUGCACAAGGUCAACACGAUCAAAGUUCAGAGUGCCACAUAAGGACUCAGAGAGUGCCUUACAUUCGCUCAAAGAUAAAGAUAACUACAGGAAGUAUGCCAUCUCUUCUACCAGAUGUCUCAGAAAAUUCAGGCAAAUUAGCUGAUGUUCCAACUUCUGCAUCAGUAUUCUCCUGCCCAGUAUGCCAGAAGACCUUAAGUACAGCACGUAUGCUGAAACGCCAUAUGAAGUGCCACAGUGAAACAAAGAGAUACUCUUGUGAUCACUGUGGAAAAGGAUUUAAUGAUACUUUUGACUUGAAGAGGCAUGUGCGUACUCAUACUGGUGUGAGACCCUAUAAAUGCACUAUGUGUGCUAAGGCCUUCAGCCAGCGCUGCUCUUUAGAAUCUCACUUAAAAAAGAUCCAUGAUGUUACUCAACAGUAUGCCUACAAAGAGCGUAGAGACAAAAUGUAUGUGUGUGAGGAGUGUGGCUUUACAGCACAGACACAGGACAGUCUGCGUAAUCAUCUUCAAACUGAACAUCCACAGAGCAUAUUAAUAAUGACCAGGAGCAACCAUGAACUGCCAUAUAGCAAGGAGGGCAACACAUCACCACCCUCCAAAAAUAUGAAUGAUAGUGCUGAGAAUUGAAAAGUUAGAGAGACUGGUAUCUAAGUUUUUGAUUAACGAUAAUGAAUAAUUUUGUUCGAUUUUACAUGCACUUUUGUACAUAGGAAUUCUGGGAAGAUAAAUGCAAAUGCCAGAAUGAAGACAAUGAGUUUGAUGUAUUGUAUUCAUUGACUACACAGAAAAAUAUCAGAAGGGUACAACAGGGCUAAAGGCAAACCUUAAAGGGAUAGUUCACACAAAAAUGAACAUUCUCAGAUAAUUUACUCACCCUCGUGCCAUCUG